AUGUCGAUGGGAGCUAAUGAAAAGGGUGUUUUGGGAAAUGGGCCUGUACUGACAAAAGAUAGAAUCAACCCGGAUGUUGACGAUAAUCAAGCAAGAGAAGACGAAGAAAUAACCAAAACCCCUCCCUCAUCACCUACAAAUGGUCGUAACGCUAUCAGACCAAGUUUGUUCUCGUUAGCACAAGUUUCUUCCAAGCUGGGAGAGCUCUGGUCGUCUGCAAGAGAGAGCAUUUUUGGAGAAGAUUAUUGGAUACCAUCAGAUUCGAACGAGAUCGUUUUGUUUCCUCUUGAGCUUCUUAGAGCCCAUAGGGUUGUGUAUCCUGCGGAUAAUCACAAAUCAUCACUACGUGUUGUGCAGGGUUCAAUCAAGAAUAGGCCCGCACAACCCCUGCAUCACGUUGUGUUCUCUGUUUCCGAGGCAGUACAUGCUCCAUCGUACAGCUUAUUUCGAUCUUCAAUCAUUGAGGAAGCUGUUGAUUUAUGUCGACGUUGUCUGGAGUGCAAGAUACUAUUCAAAUUACUAGAUCGUUCAAAGGAUCCAAAGAAAUCCAUUCAUGAUUUGAUGGCAAAAUUACGGCAAUAUCCGCUUUACCGAAUGAUUCACAUUGCUAUCGCUUGUGAUCGUUUGGAUUUGUUCUCUGAUGCCAAUAUCCAGUACAUGAAUACCGAGUAUAAACCUUUCAAAAGCAUAAUGAAAAUGAUGGUGCAACCAGAAGGGAAGUACCCUCUGCAUCUGGCCAUCGAAAUGCAUCGCCUGAGGAUAGUGCGAAGAAUGCUGGAGUUGGGAGCAGACGCAACGGUGAAGGAUAUGAGUGGAAAUAAUGCUAUUCAUUAUGCUUCACUCGCUAGUGUUCAAAUGCUCGAGCUUUUAUGGGAAUUCGAGGAUUGUCAUGCUCUUAUUAACUUACCGAACAAUGAAGGAUAUGUCCCUGUCAUGCUGGCUAUCAGAGCAGCGAAUCCCCGCUGUUUUGCUACUCUUCUCAACUUCGGUGCGGAGCUAAGUAUGCGAGUGCAUGGACGGAAUCCGCUCUUUGAGGCUAUGCAGAGCAAAGGAAAAAACACCGACAUCAUCAAAGCGAUAGUCGAAGCAUCUCCUGAUCUCAUCGCGGAAAGAGAUUCAUCUGGAAAUACGGCGCUCCAUGUUGCAAUGUACAAGACUUCCCUUAUGGGGCUAUUGCUUUUGAAGAACAAAGAUAUCGACCUAAACGCUAAAAAUAAUGCUGGACUAACUGCUUUACAUAUCUUCACCCAUAAAGGUGAUAUCGGCCUAAUGAUCACUUUGUUGUCGUACUGCUGUGAUAUUGACGCCCAAGACAAUGAUGGGAAUACUGCACUUCAUAUCGCAGUUUCGCGGAAGAACACCGAGGCUACGCGGCUUCUGCUUUGUCUCGGAGCGAAUCCGAAUAAAACCAACAGCCAUGACGACACCCCUCGACAUUUGGCAGCUCGUUUGAGAGAGGUUGCCUUGCUUAAAUCGCUCGUCCUCUGUGGUGCUCGUACCUGUGAGCCAAAGAAAACUGGAUGUGUUUCUGGCUGCGUUAAUGAGACGAUGGUUAGCGCAUUCAAGAACGCUUCUGAAUGUGAUAGCCCACGUCUUACUGAAAGUGCCCCGUCAUCGGAAGAUUAUCCUGAUACUGUGGAAGUGGAUCAUCCUAUCCGCGAUUUCACACAGAAGAUGUUCUAUGACGGUUUGAUCGCUCGCCUUGAAGAUAUGGCGUCACAGGGCAAAAAACCUUCCAAUAUGGUCAAUCUUCUGUCAAUGGAUGGAGGGGGGAUACGUGGACUCGUUAUUCUUCAGACGCUCUUAGCGAUUGAGGAAGAACUGAACGAGCCAAUUUUUCCCUAUUUUGAUUGGGUUGCCGGCACCUCUACUGGUGCUCUGCUUGGAACCGCUUUAGCACAAGGCAAAACUCUCAGGGAAUGUCAGCAUAUUUACUUACGUUUCAAGGAUCUUAUCUUCGAUGGCUGGACUCGACCUUAUAAUUCUAAUGUUCUUGAAACGUUUAUGAAGGAAGCGAUCGGAGAAGAAAGUUUGGAUGAAAUUAAAUCGCCGAGGCUGAUGAUAACCACAGUAAAGGCAGACUUUUUUCCUGUAAAGUUGGAAUUUAUGAGGAACUAUCGAUUACCUCUCUCCGACGAGCAGAAUCUGGAAUUGGGAUUCACGGAUCCGUCAGAAUUACCUACAUGGAAAGCUUUACGACGCACGUCGGCCGCCCCGAUGUUCUUUUCGCCUGUGGAUGGUAAAUAUAUCGACGGUGGUAUUAUUGCAAAUAAUCCAUGUCUUGACCUGCUUGCCGAAGUUCAACUGUAUAAUGGAAUUAACACAUAUUUGCACCGUCCAGAGGAUAAGGUUGAGAUUGGUUGUGUGCUCUCUCUUGGAACUGGCCAAAUACCUCUAUCGCCACUUGAUCCGCUACACGUCGAGAUAUUCAAUCCUAUUUCUAGCGCAUUUGCCUUCAAAAACCUUAGUCUUAUACUGGUCGAUCAGGUAACUGCUACUGAAGGUGCUCCUGUUGAUCGCGCACGAUCAUGGUGUAAUGCGAUUGGAGUGCCGUUUUUUCGUCUCAGUGCACCUCUUCAUAAG